CUCUCUCUCUCUCUCUCCGUCGCCUUUCCAAGUUCCGACAUCCGCAAAAGCAGUUUUUUCUUAUAUUAUAUACUGGAGAAAAGAAAGCAGCUUUAAGCUUUGAGCUCUCUCCCGAGAGAAAGCGUGGCCAUUGAUGAUGGCCAUGGGGUGGCGACAAAUGGGCUGACACGCAGCCGCACUCCUACUUGACGAAUUUCUUAUUGCAAGGGGACGAAUGAGGAUGAGUCAUAUGCUUGAUGAGCUUGAGUGAGCCUCGCCUCAACCCGAGCACCGGAUUUUCCACUCGAGCUUUUUCUCUGCUCAGAUCGAGAUAAGUGAAUUAAUUGUUUUGAAUAUACGAACUCUGGCAAUUAACUGAAGCUUUGUAUGUCUGCUCAUCUGUUCUCUAGUCUUCCCAUGAGCCACUGCUCCCAAAGUUACUCCUUCCUCGCACCGCGGCAUCUCGGUUUGGUUUGCUUAGCUUAGCCUGUGCAUAGUGAGUGACAGAUGGAGCGGACUAAAAUGCAAAUGAGGGCUGUUUGCUCCGGUUCAACGCCUUCAGAAGAGUCGGCUCUAGAUCUCGAAAGGAGCUGUUGCAAUCAUUCUAAUCUUCCUUCGCUCAGUCCACCGAUGCUCCAACCGUUUGCAUCGGCUGGACAACACUGCGAGAGCAAUGCCCCUUACUUCUCAUGGCCAAGUCGAUUAAAUGAUGGUGCUGAGGAGCGUGCAAAUUAUUUUGCAAAUUUGCAGAAAGGGGUGCUACCCGAAACUCUUGGCCGGUUGCCCAAAGGCCAGCAAGCUACCACAUUGCUUGAACUCAUGACCAUAAGAGCAUUUCAUAGCAAAAUCUUGCGCUGCUAUAGUCUUGGCACUGCCAUUGGUUUUCGCAUUCGACGUGGUGUUUUGACUGACAUACCAGCCAUUCUCGUAUUUGUGUCUAGGAAAGUCCAUAAGCAGUGGCUCAGCCCCAUCCAAUGUCUUCCAACUGCUCUAGAGGGACCUGGAGGGGUGUGGUGUGAUGUUGAUGUGGUCGAGUUCUCAUACUUCGGUGCACCCGAGCCAGCUCCUAAAGAGCAGUUAUACACUGAGAUUGUGGAUGAUUUGCGCGGAGGUGAUCCCUGCAUUGGUUCAGGCUCACAGGUGGCAAGCCAAGAGACUUAUGGAACCUUGGGUGCCAUAGUGAGGAGCCAAACAGGAAGUAGACAAGUUGGCUUUCUCACCAAUCGUCAUGUUGCUGUUGACUUAGAUUAUCCAAACCAGAAAAUGUUUCAUCCUCUGCCUCCAACUCUUGGGCCUGGGAUAUACCUAGGUGCUGUUGAGAGGGCAACUUCUUUCAUCACAGAUGAACUUUGGUACGGCAUUUUUGCUGGAAUAAACCCAGAGACAUUUGUGAGAGCUGAUGGGGCAUUCAUUCCUUUUGCUGAUGAUUUCGAUGUGUCCACUGUUACUACAUCUGUCAGGGGAGUGGGGGAAAUUGGUGAUGUCAAGAUUAUAGAUUUGCAGGCUCCAAUAGGUAGCCUAAUUGGGAGGCAAGUAAUGAAGGUUGGGAGAAGUUCUGGCCUGACCACUGGAACAGUUUUGGCUUAUGCUCUUGAGUACAAUGAUGAGAAGGGGAUCUGCUUUUUAACUGACUUCCUUGUGGUGGGAGAGAAUCAACAAACUUUUGAUCUGGAAGGAGACAGUGGAAGCCUCAUAAUAUUGAAGGGUGAGGGCAGCGGGAAGCCACGGCCUAUUGGGAUUAUCUGGGGAGGAACGGCUAAUAGGGGACGGCUAAAACUAAAAGUUGGCCAGCCUCCUGAAAAUUGGACCAGUGGAGUAGAUCUUGGACGUCUCCUCAAUCUUCUUGAACUUGAUCUAAUAACAACCAACGAAGGGCUGAAAGUGGCGGUGCAAGAACAAAGAGCUGCCUCAGCAACAGCAAUGGGAUCAACUGUUGGUGACUCAUCGCCCCCAGAUGGCAUCAUGGGUAAGGACAAAACUGAUGAGAAGUUAGAUUCCCUCGGCCUUCAGAUAGAGCACAUCCCUCUGGAAGUAGAACCAAGCAGCUCGGAGCUGAAUCCGUCCCUGAUGGAUCCCGACUUCACUAUAGAAGAUGGAAUCAAGGCUGGUCCGAGCAUUGAACACGAGUUUAUUCCUCCAAGCUUCUGUAGACGGUCUCCGCUCCAUCAGAACAAUCCGUCCGACAAAAUGGUCUCUCAGAAUCUGUCAUCACUGAGAAACAACUGCGAUGAAGAUGUCUGUGUCUCGUUGCAGUUGGGUGACAACGAGGCCAAGAGGAGAUGGUCCGAUGCUUCUAGCGACACUGGAGGUCUGAAAUGACCAUUGUACAUCUGCAUUUGC